AUGGACAACCAACGUAUCAUUUCUUGCGAGACACCUGCUCACAACCAUGUCGAGCGUUGCGGGUAUCUGUUUGGAUGGCCCAUUAAUCACUCGAUGUCGCCCUUGAUGCACAAGACCAUCUUCGGCGAGAUUGGUUACAACUGGGAGCAAUUCUUUUUGCCAUCAACCGAUAUGUCCAUGUUCCUGUCAUUGGUCCGUGAGACCAAGUUCUUCGGUGCCUCCGUUACCAUGCCCCACAAAGUUGCCAUCAUGAAGCACGUUGAUGAGCUUACACAAGAAGGCCGCGAAGUUGGUGCUGUCAAUACAUUGUUCCUGCGCAAGCACGGUGACAAGAACAUUCUUGUCGGCACAAACACAGACGUUAUCGGUAUCCGGGAAGCCUUCUAUCAAAACAUCUCCAACCCAGACGAGGUCUUCCAUGGCCGACCCGGCAUGGUCAUUGGUGGUGGCGGUGCUGCCCGUAGUGCUGUCUAUGCACUCAAGAAGUUCAUGAAGUGCAGUAAAGUGUACAUUGUUAACCGUGACAAGGCUGAGGUGGACGCUGUGGUAUCAUGGUGUUCGGAGCAAGGUUACGGCGAUGGUGUCAUGCAUGCUGCGACCGUCGAGCAAGCACAAGAGUUGGAGGGACCCGGUGCUAUAGUCUCUUGUGUGCCUGACUUUCCUCCGGUCACAGAAGCGGAGCAGACUGCUCGUCAAGUCAUGGAAAUCUUCUUGGGCAAGUCUCACAAGGGCGCCAUCCUGGAGAUGUGCUAUCACCCAAAGACUUGGACCAACAUUGCUGAGAUCUCGCGAAAUGCUGGCUGGAACGUCAUUUUGGGAACAGAGGCUAUGAUCUACCAAGGUUUGGAGCAGUCAAUGUACUGGACCGGGAAGACCCUGGAUCAGCUACCAGUUGCCAAAGUCAAGGAGGUGAUCGCGGCGCAGUUGAAACAGGGCCAUUGA